AUGUCAAUUGUCAAAAUGGCGGCAGCCGUUAGCGCAUUUCAGCCAUGGUUAAUUGACAAAUUAAAAUCUUUAAAAACCGAUGAAAAUGUUUUCGGCUCAUAUAUAUCCGGUAUUUUGGAAAGUGAAGAUACUAUAGAUGAGAAAAAAGAUGCCCUGGAAGAGCUAUUGUCGGAAAUUGUGGACAAAGAUAUAUCUGCACACGUUAAUGAAAUUAUUGAUAAAUGGGAAGUAUGUAAACCCAAGGAAGAGUCCCCGAAGUCUGCCCCUGAUGUUGACAUCCAGCUAGCAAAAUUAUUGGAAUCUCAGUCUUUGGCUACAACGACCCGACGUGAAUAUACCGAUGAAGAGAAAAAAAUACGUGAAGCUAUACUUUCUCAGUACAGCCAGUUGCCUGAUAAUGAGGAGGAUGAAGAGAACGAUUCGGAUACGGAAGGUCAGGAUUUGGUAAAGAAUACCAAUGCCUUGGAUGUAGCAGCUGCGGCACGUGAACGAAGGGAACAAGCUCGUUUAGAAGCCCAACGGAAGAAAGAUAAAGAUAAGGAAGAUAGAGAAAAGCAAAAAACACUAAAAGAAGAGAAAAAGGAAAAGCGUAAAACACAAAAAGGCGAAAGGAAGAGGUAG